AUGAAGUUGCUACAAGUCUUUAAACAAUCUUCUGAAGAGAAGUUGGUGAACAGUAUAUUGUCCUUUAAAUCUCGGUAUCAGCCUGAAGAGACUUUUAAAGACCUUUUUCUUCUGUCCCAUAUCUCUGAACAAAAGUCCGACCAAAUUAUUUCAGUUAUCGUCAAAAAGUUGAAUGAAAAAGACGAAAAGAAGUUUUCAAAUUUGAUGGUUCUCAUAUACAGAUAUUCUGAUCAAGAUGCUACGUGCCAAUUGUUACGUACUUUAAUUUCGUUGAAUAUCAAGGACGUAUUCCUCUCUAAAAUUCCACUCUCCAAAAAUUUGAAGACCCAAAAAAUCAUGACGACGUUUGCUCGGCAUUUAGAUAACAAAUUAUAUUUACUUUCACAACACAACAGAAUUAUACACGCAAACGUCGUUGUUACAGACUUAAUCAAUGAAGACGAAAUUUCGACCGCAUUAGAGCUCGUCGAGUUCUUACUCAAAACACAGAAGAAUAUCACACAACUCGAUUUCAACAACGAAGAGUACUACAAAAACAACUUCCCUUUGGUGGACAUCUUAUUACUUGAGCUCACGAUAUUGUAUGUGCAGACUAAUAUGUGGUUCGUCAUGUUGGUUAACGCAAUAGACCGAAUGACUGAGACUCAAAUCAGAAGAUUUACCACGGAGUUACACGAUUUAGAUGUUCAAAAGCACAGUUAUAUCACUGUGAUUAACUUAAAGAACGUCCGUGAAUAUUUUGAAGUUGGGUGUGUAGUGAUACCAUCCCUCUCGUAUUUGCCUUCGGGCCCUCUUCAAAAGUUUUUGCAGAAGUAUGCAGACAAUCUAAAAAAUGGGAAGAAUAGCGACAAGGUGAUGGAGCAAAUCAUCUCUUUCAAUACCACCUUCAAGGCUGACAUCGAACAAAAUGUUGCAACACUUCACCCUUUUGUUAUUAGAAAUUGGGUCUCUGUCAAUUUGGCCGACUCGACAGAUACAAGUAACUCCAUCAGUCGAAGUGCUUCGACUCAAAUUAUUGGGCCUUUCGAUAAAACAGUGAUGUUCGCACUUCCAAGGUCAUCACAAGCAAGUCCACGAGAUAAGGAACUUAUUGAUAGAAUGAAACCAACAAUGUCUUUCGACACUUCUUCUCUUUGUAUGCCAACUUCUACUGAUCAUUCGUCUCCUUUGAAAAGUCCAACCACACACAAGUUAUCUUCUUCUUAUGUCCACUCUCCUGAAAUCGAAGGACAAAAUCCUCAAAAGGUUGUCUUAGAACGCCCAGUACCACGCGCACACCCAAUCGAGUUUAAAAGAGACGACACACAGACAGAUAUUACAAAAAGAAAUAACGAAUUUGACGACGACAAGAAUGUCUUUUUGAUUUGA